GUUUGGUUGCUCUAUCGUCAUCAGAAAACCACGCCAUAUUGGCGUUUCCGGGUCGACAAAAAGGCCAUAUUCAGAUCGUAGAUCUCAAUACCUUCCAUGCUACCACGGCUGUGACUAGAAACAACACUGCCUUUCCUACAAACUCAUCGUCGUCUUCUUCAUCCUUUCCACCACAUCAUAGACGUUCUUCAUCGUUUGGUG